UUAUAAUGUCUGCUCCACAAACAGAGGACAACAACGAAACCGAGAAUGCGAACGAAUUGGCGCCAACAUCUUCUGAUACUGGGAACGAGGUGCAGCCACAACUGAUAUGGAAUCCAUAUGAGAACUCGUGGAGUUGCUUUCAACAGCUUUUUGCCACCAAGUGGAACCAGUUGCUGGUUCGUUUCACUGCCAGGUUCCCCUCUCUGGUAAAUGCAUGGCAAACCUAUCAAAAGCUUAGCGGAAUACUGCAUCCCUCGGCCGAAAUGCUGAAGAAUGGGACGGAAACACCCAACUGGGAUGAGGUGCCCAUUAGAUUUCUGGCGCCUCAUCCCAAGCUGAACUGGAUGGCCCUGGUUACGGGUGAGGACAAGGUGCUUCUCUUCUACGACGACGAUCGAAUGCCCACUUGUGUUGAACAUGUACAGCAACAACAUGUCAGCUGCGUCGUCUGGCGUCCUUCGGUCAUCACCACCUGGGCCGUGGGCUGUGCAGCGGGCAUUUUCAUUUGGCUAGAUGUGGGUUGCACUAAGAGUAUACACGGUUCUCCCAUGUAUUUGCUGAGCAACAGUGGACACACUUUUGUGACGUCCGUGCAGUGGAAUAGAGAUGGCAGCAUAUUGGCCAGCGCAGCCUUGGGAACCGCCUACAUCCUGCUCUGGGAUCCUGACGAUGGCUCAUGCUUGAACUCGCUACCUUUUCCCAACAACUGCAACACCGGCUAUCGCAUCCUAAGGUACAGCCCCAGGUACACUUGGAUAUUUUGUGCGGCUCAGGGGGUGGGCGCCAGCAUGUGGCAUAUCGGCUCUAAUGAAUGGAGGCUCCAAGAGAUCAGAGUUAAGGGAUCAGUUCAAUCUGCCGCCUGGUCGGCAUGCGGCUCCUUUUUGUUCCUUUCUAUGAAAGACUCGACACGCCUUUAUGCCGCAUAUUGCGAAACAUCCGUAUUCCGAGGUGUCAAGCCAAAAUGGAAGGCUCGAUUUUUAAUCAACUUAGAGCGCGUCCCAUUCGGGGGGAGAGUAUUUGAUUGUGGUGUACCGCAAGCUAUUGCCAUUGAUCCUGGUAAUAUCUACAUGGCCUUGAUUUUCAGGGACAGACCGUUUGUGUUUCUAUUUAUUUUGAUCGCUAGAGAUCCGCUGGAGCUCUGGCCGGCCGACAUCAAACAACCAAGUCUUUCGGGAGCAUAUCCGGUAUGUGUACGCUUUAGCAGCAUGAAAGAGACUUCACGGAUACUAGCUAUUGCCUGGUCCACUGGGAAUGUCGAACGAUGGUUGCUUACACCAGACUAUGUGCUCGAACACCUCAAUGAUAUUUGGGUAAAGCCGCCACAGUGA